AUGGCAAAGAGCAGGAAACAAAAACUUAAGGUUAAGGACUUUCAAAAGCAGAAAUUAAAAGUGGGUAAGACACAGCCAAAGGCAAGUAAUGCAACUAAUACGUCCUUUGUCUCGAAGACACUUUCGAUCAAAAACCAGCAUUUAGAACGCAAUACAGACGAUCUUAGUAAAAAAUUAUCAUUACUGAAACAUCACAACUCUACGGUAAGGAAAGAAGCUCUGCAAUCUUUUAAUAAAGUCAUACCGCGCAUAUCGAAGACAAGAAUAAUGACACCGUUGUUAGUUCAGAGCAUCCCGCUAAUAUGCGAUGACUCCAAAACUGUUAGGCAAUCAUUUAUGGAAUUAAUUGAUGAGAUAGGGAAUCAUGAUGUGCAAGUUUUGAAACUCCAUUGCAAGAUGUUCGUUCUAUAUAUCAACAUGGCAAUGACCCAUAUAGUACCCGCGAUUCAAAAUGAUUCCAUAAAAUUUCUCCGUUGUCUCCUUCGCUACUGCGGCGAAGAAACAUGUAAACAAUCAUUCACUAAGCUACUAUCCGGUAUAUUAAAUUUACUUGGAUGGGGGACCAACCGUAAGAAUGCGAGCGCAUCUGCUGCCCAAACAACGAAAAGAGACUCCAAGCAGAUGGCAGAAUACUUGGACGCUUUACAUCGGCUGAUUUACGAAGGAUGUGCGGAGAAAUUGAAAGAUAACAAUGAUAGACAUCCGGAGAUUUUGAAUCAGUAUUUAAUACCCGAUUUCCCCCAGCCUUACGAAAGUUUAAAGCUAUUUACAAGAGCUUUGCGGAAUACCGCCACACAAUCUAAUGCAUCUUCCAUAUCAUCUAUAACAGACUCAAUCUCAACACAGGAUCGGGAAGCUCGUAGGCGAAUUUUACAAGAGGAUUUUUUUGACGUUAUAACGAAACGUUUAGAUGCGCUCAUUAAGGAAGGAGGAGUAUCAGGAAAGAGCUCCAACACAUUAAAAAAUCUUAUUGCUACUAUCAACUAG